GCCUUGAGUCAAGAAGAUGCUCCAGUGUCAGACCCGCUGCGAUCUCAGUGGUGGAAAUGUUGAACAUGGGGAGGGUCGACUUUCAGAUGACAUUGACGAAAUGUAGAUGAGAGCGGAGACUCGUGCUACAUGUAACAUCUCGGGUUACUGAUGUUCGACGGCGGUACAAGUCGAAACUGCCUCUUGACUCGUUUCCCUCUUCGCCUUCAGCACCACAAGUUUGGACAGCACCACUCACCGAGGCAUUUGAACACCUUUUCCCCUGGAUAAGCUGAUUGUUCUCAAGUUUAAUGGAGACGUUUCUCUUUUGUUUCAAUCAGUGAUAUUUCUUGUGUGCAACUUCAAGUAUAACCACCGGAUAUUCCCGUCCUGAAAAUCCAGUAGAGGAGUCUUGCUAUUGCUACUUCAUCCUGAAAGUUGUUGGAUAUCUCUCCUGAUUUCCCGCACCAUCUCAAGCUUGGGUGAGGAACCGCGAAACUGCUGUCUACGUGGACUGGUGCUGAAUUCUCCCGUCCGCCGGCCAGGACUUCUGCAAAAUCCAGAGAGAUGGCGACAAACGGUACAAAAGCAACCGAUGGACAUGUGCUAACAGAAGUAAACGAGGCACCGACAUCCAACGAUAAACCCAAAACCUUGGUUGUGAAAGUCCAACCGAAGAAGGAUAUUCCCGACAGGGAAACGUGGCAAGGGAAAUUUGACUUUCUGCUAUCUUGUGUUGGGUACGCAAUCGGACUUGGCAAUGUCUGGAGAUUUCCAUAUCUUUGUGGAAAAAACGGUGGAGGGGCCUUCUUGAUUCCUUACUUUUUGACCCUCAUAUUUGCUGGAGUACCAUUGUUUCUGCUCGAAACUGCCCUCGGUCAGUACACAUCCGUUGGCGGACUUGGAGUGUGGAAACUCGCUCCAAUGUUCAAAGGUGUUGGCUGGGCUGCCGCUGUCCUGUCCUUCUGGCUAAACAUUUAUUACAUUGUCAUCAUUGCCUGGGCCAUUUACUACUUGUAUAACUCAUUCACCUCUGAGCUUCCAUGGAAAUCAUGUGAUAACCACUGGAACACAGACAGAUGUUUCUCAAACUACAGCAUGGCAAACACCACCAACAUGACAAGUGCUGUUGUGGAGUUUUGGGAACGUAAUAUGCAUCAGAUGACAGACGGACUGGAUAAGCCAGGAGAGGUCCGAGUGCCGCUGGCCAUAACACUGGCUAUCGCCUGGGUACUCGUCUACUUCUGUAUAUGGAAAGGUGUUGGGUGGACUGGAAAGGUGGUGUACUUCUCAGCAACAUACCCAUACUUCAUGCUCUUCAUUCUGUUCAUCCGUGGAGUCACUCUGCCUGGAGCGUGGGAUGGGAUAUUGUUCUACAUCACCCCUCAAUUCGGCAAGCUCAAGGAGUCAGAGGUGUGGCUGGAUGCUGCAACUCAGAUUUUCUUCUCCUAUGGAUUAGGACUGGGGUCACUUAUUGCCCUCGGGAGCUACAACCCUUUCAACAACAAUGUUUACAAGGACUCCAUCAUUGUCUGCUGCAUCAAUUCCUUCACCAGCAUGUUUGCUGGCUUUGUCAUCUUCUCCAUUGUCGGUUUCAUGGCCUACAUAACAAAGAGGCCUAUUGCUGAUGUAGCUGCAUCGGGUCCAGGUCUGGCCUUCUUGGCCUAUCCACAGGCAGUAACACAGCUACCUGUUUCACCACUAUGGGCCAUUCUGUUCUUCUCAAUGUUGCUGAUGCUGGGAAUUGAUAGCCAGUUCUGCACAGUGGAGGGCUUCAUCACGGCUUUGGUGGAUGAAUUUCCUCAUGCUCUAAGGGGAAGGAGAGAGCUUUUCAUUGCCGGUGUCUGCCUGGUGUCUUAUAUUAUUGGCCUGUCCAAUAUCACCCAGGGUGGCCUGUACGUGUUUAAACUCUUUGACUACUACUCUGCUAGUGGAAUGUGCCUCCUGUUUCUGGUGUUCUUUGAGUGUGUCUCCAUAUCUUGGUUCUAUGGUGUGGACAAGUUUUAUGGCAACAUCGAGGAGAUGAUUGGAUACAGGCCUUGCAUUUGGUGGAAAUUGUGUUGGGUGGUCUUUACCCCUCUCAUUGUCGCUGGUGUUUUCCUCUUCAGCGCGGUUCAGAUGGUCCCUCUCACCUUGGGGGAUUACGUGUUCCCGAAAUGGGGACAAGGUGUGGGCUGGUGCAUGGCCCUGUCCUCCAUGGUCCUCAUUCCUGGGUACAUGGGCUACAUGUUCCUCACACUAAAAGGCUCCUAUAAAGAGCGUCUUCGGAUAAUGAUUCAGCCAACAGUACUAGUGAAAGCCCAAGAGAAUGGGCCGGAGCAGCAACCGGACAACUCCAAUCCUGCCAAUGAGGAAGCUUACAUCUAAGUCCCCAUUACACAGGCCAACACCCAUGCAGAAAAAAGUAAUCAUGGUUGAACACAGCCAAGGACUUCCAUGUCUAAAAUAUAAUCACCUACCUCCUAGGGAAAAAUGUGACCAACCUGAUUACAUUUUUUUUUUCAUUUGUGAAAAAGACAAAAAAGACAAACUACCAAGCAACGUUUUAGUGAUAGUUUGUAUAUCAUAUGCAAAAUGUUAGUCUUUCUAAAAUGUUACAUAGUAACCAGAGAACUACUGUAAAUUUAAAAAAUUAUGUGAAUUGGAGGCCCAAUGUGAUUCAACACUGCUGUGCUAAUUUAAAAUAUUUACAUGUAAUUAAUCUAUUAAUUAUUGUAAAAAGGAACAUUUAGAAUAGAAUCAGAUUGUAUUUGAUUGUAUUUGAGUAAAAUACAGCAAAGUGAAGGCGAAGUUACAAGGCACAUAAAUGCAAUACAGUGAUUGCAUAAUGGAAUUGUUUUUGACCUAUUCAAGCAAUGACCAUUACGGGAGUGUGCAAAAGGCAAGGCCAAAUUUCAUGAUGUAUGUAUACUUCUAUGUAGCCUGACUAUCAGUCUUUUCCAAGAAGUGCAGUUUACAGACUUUUUUCAGUAAGUUUGAGGGUGUCCCUUAAAAAGCACAAGGCCAGUAUGAUUUAGUACCUGCCACAAAAGCAAUUCAGUAUUAUGACAGACUGUUACAACUUUAUCUUUGUUUUUUAAAGACAAAUAUGACUUUGUAUGUUUUUUAGAUUCAUUUUAGGGUGUUUUGUAUGUAAGAGUGAAAAGGACCAAAAUCAUACUCAUACAAUGGGGAAAAAGACGAACACCACCUAGAUUUGGAUUAAGAGUUAGUUACGCUACAUGUCAUUGCAAAGCACAGGGUACAAGGUCUUACCACGUAAGCAUUUUUGGCAGUGUCCAUUUUGAAGUUUCUUGCUUAAUACAUUAGUGUGCCACUCCUCAGGAACAAAGGUGGAAGUGACCAAAUUUUUUCCUGAAAUUUGGAAGGCAUGACAAGGCCUUCAGCCAACAAUCGAAUUUAGCAGAAGCCAUAGUCUGUUUACAUGACUGUGCAGGUUAACAAUGCCGGUUUACAGAGGACAUCUUAGAGAUGAACCAGCAAUCUUUGCCAACAAGGACAAGCCAACAUGUUUUUUUUUUAGUUUCUUUUAUUUGUUUUUAAGAAAAAAUAAGUUGUUUGGCAA